GACCACGUGGGGGCCGAAGGGGGUUGCGGCGUGGGACAUGGAACCAGGGAGGCUGGAGAAGUUCCCGAGCCCGGGCAGGGGCAGCGGCCUCCGCGCUCUGAGGCGGGUGCGGCCCGGCGAGCUGCUGUACCGGGCCGAACCCUUCGCCUGCACCGUCACCAAGCAGCGACUGGGCGCCGUGUGCGAGCGCUGCCUGCGCAGGAAUGAACGGCUGCUUAGAUGCUCUCAGUGCAAAAUUGCCAGAUACUGUGAUACACGUUGUCAGAAAGAAGCCUGGCAGGAGCACAAGCGAGAAUGCAAAUGUCUUAAGAGUAUUGAGCCUAACUUUCCUCCUGACUCAGUGAGACUUGUUGGCAGGAUUGUUUUUAAACUACUUGGACAAUCAGCAGCAUGUCCUUCUGAGAAACUAUACUCUUUUUCUGAUCUUCAGUCAAAUAUUGAAGAGUUAAGUGAAGAAAUGAAAGAGGGUCUCAAGCACCUGGCACAGACAUUGCAGCUUUAUUUGAGAGUGGAGAUCCAGGAUGCUUUUCAGCUGCUACCUGCAAUAGACAUUUUUCAGAUCUUCGCAAAAGUGACCUGUAACUGUUUCACCAUCAGUAAUGGAGAGAUGCAGGAUGUUGGUGUUGGCCUGUAUCCCAGCAUGUCUCUCCUGAACCACAGCUGUGACCCAAACUGUGUGAUUGUUUUUGAGGGACGCCAGCUUCUACUGCGGUCUGUCCGGGAGAUCCAGAUUGGUGAAGAGCUCACUAUCAGCUAUAUUGAAUCACUGAUACCCAGCAGUGAGCGUCAAAAACAUCUGAAGCGCCAGUAUUGCUUUGAAUGCAACUGUCUUCUGUGCAAGACACAAGAAAAGGAUGCUGACAUGCUGGCAGGUGAAGAGCAAGCCUGGAAAGAAAUCAAAGAUGCUGUAGCUGAAGUGGGAGACCCAAGGUCACAAGAAGAGUGGGAGCAGGUUCUGGCAAUGUGCCAGACUCUUCUAAAUAACAGUGCAGAUCGCCUUCCAGACACAAACAUCUAUCUGCUGAAAAUGCUUGACUGUGCCAUGGAUGCCUGUAUUAAUCUCAGACGUUGGGAGGAAGCCUUGCUUUAUGGCAACAGGACUCUAAAACCGUACAGAAUGUAUUAUUCCAGCUUUCAUCCCUUGAGGGCUGUCCAGAUGAUGAGAGUGGGCAAAUUGCAGCAUACUCAAGACAUGUUUCCUCAAGCACUGGAGACCUUGAAGCAGGCAUAUAACAUUAUGAAAGUAACCCACGGAGCAGAUCACAGCCUGGUACAAGACCUGAUGAAACUUAAGGAACAGUGUGAGGCUGACAUGCGAGCACAGUGAGGAUGAUCUCAGGCUGGAAAACUAACAUUCCGAGGGAAAGGAAAGCAAAUCUUUUUUGUAGUGACAUUCUAUGACCUGAGCCAAAGCCCUCUGAAUUCAUUGGAUGACUCUGAUUGAGUUUGGUAGGCUUUGGAUCAGGCCCUAUUUCCUUUGCUAAAAUGUUUAAUGUUUAUUAUGUUUGCUGUUCUGCAGUGUGAUUUUCCUCACUGAAUUAAAAUGUGGAGGACUACAGGCCAUUUUCAGAGGGAGUCUGCUCUCUGGGAAGCAACAUAGUAGCAAAUAAGUCUUAGCAAUUGAUGUUCAAGUUACAUGUUGGUAAUAAAAAAACAUACUUGUAUACAGAA